CACCAUUCAUAUGGGAAGAGAGAUCUUACAGUUUGAGAGAGAGAGCUCCUCAGACUCGGGCUCAGGCUCAGGUUCAGGCUCACCUCCACCAACCAACACCAAUGGGAAUGGUUGCACCAUUCCCAUGGCGAUGGCACUUCAACUACGCCACCACCACCACUACUUCUCUCCGCUCCUCCAUUUUCCCAUCACUCUCUUACCGGAAACCCCCUCCUGUUAUCCCCUCUUCUAAUUUCCACUCUUCUUCUUCUUCUUCUUCUUCUUUUUUGUGUGGUUGUGCUGUUAAUAAUGGCAGAAACAGAUUGGGAAAAGAAUCACUCCAAAUAAUUAAGGUCCACACUGAUUCUGAAAAUAAUGAAACGACUAAUUCUUCAACAGUCGGCGGUGCAUUAAAUGGUAAAGUAUUGAGUUUCAAGUCGUUGUUUGGAAAGCGGGCAUCUUGGCGAAGAAUACUACUUGCGUCGCGGAAAGUAAGGAGCCUCCUUUUGCUAAAUGUCAUCACGAUUAUUUAUGCCAGUAACAUUCCAGUUGUCAAGGAAGUUGAAGCUAUUAUUGAUCCUGAGGCCUUCACUGUUGUGCGAUUUGCUGUGGCUGCCAUUCCAUUUAUCCCCUUUAUUAUCCAGGCUAGAGAUGAUGUUCAUACUCGUAAUGCAGGGGUAGAGUUGGGAUUUUGGGUCAGCUUAGGAUACAUCCUGCAAGCCCUUGGGCUUCUCACAUCUGAUGCUGGACGGGCAUCAUUUAUUACCAUGUUUACUGUAAUUGUUGUCCCCUUGAUUGAUGGCAUGCUAGGAUCUGCUAUACCUGCUCGUACCUGGUUUGGCGCUCUCAUGUCUAUAGUAGGAGUUGCGAUGCUGGAGUCCAGCGGAUCGCCUCCAUCUAUUGGAGACUUGCUAAACUUUUUAAGUGCAGUUUCUUUUGGGAUCCAUAUGCUUAGAACUGAACAUAUUUCAAGAAGUACAAAAAGAGAAAAUUUCUUACCACUCCUUGGAUAUGAGGUAUGUGUUGUUGCCCUUCUAUCAGCUGUUUGGUACUCUGUUGAAGGCUUGUUUAGUGGUGGUAUCCAAGAAUCAAACCCAUUUUCUUGGACGUGGCCAACAGUUCUGGAUUGCAUUUCAACAUUUCCUUGGAUACCAGCACUUUAUACUGGGAUUUUCUCAACUAGCCUUUGCUUAUCUGUAGAGAUGGCUGCAAUGCGUGAUGUUUCGGCCACAGAAACUGCAAUAAUCUACGGGUUAGAACCAGUAUGGGGUGCUGGAUUCGCUUGGUUUUUACUUGGUGAGAGAUGGGGUGUCAGAGGAUGGAUUGGAGCUGCUCUUGUGCUUGGUGGAAGUUUAACAGUGCAGAUAAUGGGAGCAAGAUCAGAGUCUUCAUCAAGAGAAUGCAAUCCUGAAAGCAACAAGUUUGUUAUUUCAGAUAACCGGAAUGGUUUCUCCACGUCUCCAGUUGUUGUUAACAAUAGAAAAGAAUCAUCUGACUUGAUAAAGAAGUGAAUGUUAUCGGUCUGAGUCUAACCAUAUAUAGAGCCAUCAGAAUCCUCUGACCUUUCUUUCUUUACAUCAACUGAUGUAUAUUUUGAAGAAAUAUUGGAGUAUCUUGUGUGCAGGAAAGGAACAGCACUCUUCUUAUAAUCACAAGUGAACAAAUUUAUUCUUAACUCAA